GUGGCAGCGAGCCCGGCAGCGAACGUGCCCCAAGGAUGGAGGAUGGUGGGAGAGCCCACACUGCCAUUGUUGGCUGGGCCUGCACGACCCUGUGCCUGGUCUCCUACGCAGCCGCCUUCUCGCAGGGCGCGAGCCUUUCUGCCUGCACCGACAUGAUGCCCAGGCACCUGAGGGUGCAGCUGCACAGCUCCAACAGCAACUACGUCACUGUCCACACCAACGUGUCCUUCUACUUCCCAGGAGACAAGGUGCCAGUGACAGUAAGAAGCACUCGGGACUACAUGGGCUUUAUGCUGCAAGCUCGCAGAGUGUCCAACAAUGAAAUUGCUGGCACAUUCAUCUUCCUGCCUCCUGGUUCCAAGCUGCUGACUUGUUUUGAAGAUGGUGACACUGUCACACACUCGGACAAGUCACUGAAGAGAAACCUGUCCUUUGUAUGGAAAGCACCAGACCAACCCAUUGGAGACAUCAAGUUUUUCAUCUCCAUAGUCCAGUCAUACUUUGUUUACUGGGCAAAGAUUGAAUCUGCUGUUGUGGCUCAGGGAGGGCAAAACAAGACUCUUGCUGACAAGAAGCCCAACACCAUAGCUCCCACACCCCCACAGGGACCAGCUGACCUUCAUCCCACAGGUCCCAUCUCUCCUGCAGCUGCCACUGGCUCCCUGCUGACUGCCAACCCCACUGGCAUCGUGGCAACACCAGCCCCGGAGCCAGGUUUUGAUGUGGGGUCAGACACUCGUCCCAUUGCUGAGCCAAAGCAGCCAGCCCGGACUUCACGGGCUGUGUCCAGCAGGAGCAUCCAGUCCAGAGGCCAGGAACUGUCCCUUCCCACCCAAGAUGUUGGAAUGGUGGAUGCCUUGCAAGGUUCCCUCUCCCAGGACAAUGCCUCCAGCUACAGCACCUUCAACGGAGCAGGAAGCAUUGCCAGUGCUGCCACUCUAUCCCUGUGUUUGAUGUGUACAGGCAACAGGAAGGGCAGCACUGAGAGUGGGACCAUCUUGAAAGCCUCCCUACGUGUGACAGCAUCUCCCUCUGCCUUGCACAUACGCACUCACCUGGGUGACAUUGCUGCAACCACAGCCUGGCCUGGUGAUGCCAACGCUGCUGGCAAUUUGUCCUCGGCUUCGAGGCAAAUGGCAGGAAGAGAGGUGGCACCACAGCCAGAGGAAGCAGGCACCAGGGCUGAGGAGAAAAAGGAUGAGCAGGAGGCAGCUGGGAAUACCCUGCCAUGGGUGACCAGACCAGCUCCUGAAUCUGCUGCUCCCGGGAAAGGGGAGGGCCCUGGCAGAGGACCCCGACUCCUUGCAGCCCAACUCGGCAUCCUGCUGGUGUGCACGGCCGCGCUGAGCCUGGUGCUGGCGGCUGCCAUGCGCUGUGUCUGUGCCCAGCACUGCCACAAGCGAGCCGAGGUGUCCUUCAGCGAGCCCGAGCCUGACGUCAUCACUGUCACGGAAAACGGGGAGGUGAUGCACUUCCGAAAGAUCCGGGACAACAGCUUCGUGCUGCUGCAAGCUCAGUACAACUGGGUCAGCCCCUCGAGCAGCGGGAAGACAAUGGUGGUUUAGUCCCUUUUUGUGCUGCCAUAUAGGCAAACAGACCCAAAGCAGCCAGUUCACAGAGGUGUUAGGCAAAAGUAUCUAAGCUACAGCUGCUGAGAAAAUAGAAGCUGAUAGAUUGCUCAGUGUGUUACACUUACUGCAAUUAAUAUUGUAUAUCUGCUCAUUAACUGUCACUGUGGCAGUGACAUACACUUCCUCUGUUGCCUUAAGGGUGUAGCCUAAAAUAGAAAUUCUUCCUCUGCACUGUG